AUGUCAACAACCAAAUCCCCCACCUCCAAAUCCACCACCACCACCGCCUUCUCCAAUUCCAAUCCCAAAUCUCAAUCUCCCACUCCCUCUCUCCACGAAGACGAAUACACCACCACCACCCACUCUCAAUCCCAACCCCAACCACUCCAUCAAUUUACACACCAUCAAAUCAAAGUCCGAGACUUUGCACCCGGCUCACUGGUCCCCUCAACAGGGGAUGCCGAACUGGUGUUGGUGUUAGAGCGUAAGAAGAGUCUGAGGAAGAAGAUCCAGGGGCUGGUGUGGAAUCCUAGGGCGAGGUAUUCGAGGAGGGGGAGGCUGAUGGAGAUUUUGGGGUGA